AUGAUUGCCAUUUUAUUCAUUAAUUUCAUCAUAACNAUUGUGGGAGGUUUGUCCACCAUAGCUCUGUGUGCACCCAGUGAGAAAUUCUUGUACAUGGGAGGCACCCUUGGAAUGGGACUGGGAGCUGUCAUUGUUGCCUCUUUAGGAGGCAUGUUUUUCCCCCCUACUACUACCUUGGGUGCAGGUCUUUACAGUAUCUCCAUGUAUGGUGGACUAGUGGUGUUUGGCUUAUUCAUGCUCUAUGAUACACAGAAAAUUAUUAAAAAUGCAGAGCACCAUCCCAUGGAUGCUUACGCUAUGGAGCCAUUUGAUCCUGUCAAUAAUGCCAUUGGUGUAUAUUUGGACACAAUCAACAUCUUCAUCAGGAUUGCCAUGCUGUUAGCAGGUGGUGGCGGAAAGAGAAAACGAUAAGACUACAACUAUACAUUGUGACACCAGGCGGACUAAAAAUAUACUAUCUCAUUUACCAUAGGAUUUAUUUGAGACAUUUAUUGAACUAUUCGACACCGCCUUCCUAUCUGGUGACUUUAUAAGUGAUGUCUUCGUAUUAUAUGAAUUAUUUUAGCCUGGGGUGACACAUAUCUCAUUGUAGAAAUGUACAUAUGAUUGCCAUUUGUCAUUUUGAUUUCUCACAAAGAAAUUUUUGUUUGUGGGGUUUAUACUCUGUGUCACAGUGUAGAAACGUUUUGCUUGAGGAUAUUGCUUUGUUGUAAAGGGCAGUUUGAAGAAACUCCAAUUAAAUUCUAAGUAUUCAUUAAUUUCAUCAUAACUUAUGGCUGAAAAAGAUGCAUUUUGAUAAAAGCAAACUGAGCUAUAUACCCAAUGUCAAUACAGUAUUUAGAAGAUGAAAAAAUAAAAAGAAAAGCUGGCGUUUUUA